AAGUGGUGAACAAACAAAAAGACGAUUUGCUUGCUUGCUCUUCUUGGUUUCGUUCCAAGGUUUGGAAGAGUUGCCGAGUAGGGGUGGGGGAGGGGUGUUUUCUUCAAUUUUUCCCCAACAAUCUCACCCAUCCCAUCCCAUCCCAUCCCAUCCAACCUAGUAGUAGUAGCCAGUAGGGUAGCAGUAGCAAUAAGAGCUCGAGGGAGGAAGAGGGGAUUGAGGAGGUGAGAUCGGAUUGAUUCCCAUCGAUCGAUCGGAUUCCAUCGGAUCCCACCAAACCCUAAAGGAAAUCCAUCCAUGUCGUCCUCGUCGUCCUCCCCAGCGGCGCUGCGCUAUUACUGCCACCAGUGCGACCGCACCGUCUCCAUCUCCCCGCCCGCCUCCCCGGACGACGACGUCCUCUGCCCCCGCUGCGGCGGCGGUUUCGUCGAGGAGCUUCACCCAGGUGACAGCCCCGCCGCCCCCGCAGCCUUCUUCCCCCCGCCGCCCUCCUUCGAUCUCCGCCACCCCGGCGACCUCUCCGCCUUCUUCGGCCCGCCCUCCCCGGAGCCGCCCGUCCCGGGCCUCUUCGACCCCUCCAACUUCCUCCACGACCAUUUCGGCGGCCUCCUCUCCGGCGGCGCCACCAUCCAGAUCGUCCUCGAGGGCGGGAGCGCCGCGCCCCUCCUCGCCCCGGGCGUCAGCCUCGCGGACUACUUCAUGGGACCCUCGGGCCUCGAGCAGCUCAUCCAGCAGCUCGCCGAGAACGACCCCAACCGCUACGGCACCCCGCCCGCCGCCAAGUCCGCCGUCGCCGCGCUCCCCGACGUCGCCGUCUCCGCCGACAUGAUGCAGGCCGACGGGGGCGCGCAGUGCGCCGUCUGCAUGGACGACUUCCACCUAGGGGCCGCCGCCAAGCAGCUCCCCUGCAAGCACGUCUUCCACAAGGACUGCAUCCUCCCGUGGCUCGAUCUCCACAGUUCCUGCCCCGUCUGCCGCUUCGAGCUGCCAACCGACGACCCGGACUACCACCAGCAGCAGCGCGCGUCGUCUGCCCUCGCCCUCGCCCCCGCACCCGCCCCCGCUCCCGCUGCCUCCUCCCCCAGGGUGGCCGAGAGGAGGUUCAGGAUAUCGCUGCCUUGGCCUCUCAGGGCCGCCUUCGGUGCUGCUGCCCAGGCCGAGUCCAGCAAUCCUACCAAUGAUGACGUGCCUCCUUCUGGUGCCAACAAUAACGACCAUGGUGCAAGCGGCGGCAGUCCUCAAACUCAAAGCGGAUAUGAUGAUCUCGACUGAGGCCUCAAAGUCUUCUGGUAAAGACCCGUUCUGCAAAACAAAGAGGUGGUUUCUAUUUCAGGGCAAGAUAACGAUGCUUGGUAGGGGACAUACGAUGCAACAAAAAAGACCGGUGCGGUACUGUAACCUGUUUGCCUUAAUGAAGAGAAGGCUUUUGCUUGAUUUCUCAUUGGUACCUGGAUGUAAAGAAUAGAAAGAUGGAAUUUUGGUACUUUGGAUGUUGGUGUAGGGAUUAUUUUUUUUCCUCUUAGGGUGGUUAGGAGCAUGACUACCUUUUCGCUGCCGUAGAUGGAGGAUAAAAAAGGAAAAAAAAUGGAUGAUCAAAGUUGCAUUCUGUUUGGUUCUCGACUUGACUAGUGUAUAAACAGGAUUUCUAAGGGCAACACAGUAUGCCAUGGGGAUAAGGUCAUUCUGUUGUAAUGAUGCUGAUUUUGCUGUGAGAUUAUGUUUGAGCAAAGAUCAUGUUAUACCAUACUUAUUCCUUAA